AAUACCGAACUAGAUUACUGUACUUACAUUCAUUGCUGUCGAUUUUCUCCUGGACAACUUACUCUGCUGUACUUCCAUAACUAAAACAUGUCAACCGCGACUACAUCGUCGGCCAUGGAUGGCGUCGAUUCUACAUCGCCAUCUGAUCGAACGCUUUAUGAGCGUCUUGGGGGCUCGGCAGCUGUUGAAGCUGCUGUCGAAAUAUUUUACAAUCGCAUCAUAGCGGACCCAGAGCUGGCGCCGUUCUUCGAGGGAGUUGACAUGAAGAAACAGCGGCGCAAGCAGAUCGCGUUUAUGACAUACGUCUUUGGAGGUGCCGGCGCUUAUGAGGGUCGAGAUCUGUACAAAGCACACAAGCGCCUCAUUGAGGAGCAGGGGCUCAAGGAACGGCACUUCGAUCUUGUCGCGGGACACCUACAAGAGACGCUGCGCUCGCUCAACGUGCCAGAGAAUCUUAUGGAUGAGGCAAUGGCGGUCGUGGCAACGGCCAAGCCCAUCAUUUUCGGUCGCGUGUGAUGUUUCGGGAACGGACAGCGGGCUUGAGCUUAGGGUGUCUUAGCGGAGGCGGCCUGAUGCGACGUGCAGGGAGGAGGGCAAGCCGGCAGCAUCCGCCCCGUGAUGCAUCUGCGGCAGCCUCGGGGCAAUCGGCACAUGGCAUGCACGAUACAGAUGCUUGAAUGAAGCCAUGGAAUGGUUGUGCAGCGAUAAGACCGCCCGGGAUGAAGUAUAAAGUAUAAAAUGGUUUUCUUUCGAGGCAUGCAAAGUGAAUUGUGGAUGGCCGACAGAUUUGACUGGGUGACAGGGUGUGUGCAUAUUUUUGUCGCCUGGAGAGGAGUGUGUUGUUUGGUACGGGGUUCCAGAGGAGCAGUUGCGCAGUUAUCGCCAAGCGGGACGAUUAAGAGCCCCGUUUGUCGAUUUGUGAAUGUUGGAGCUACAUGAAUUUGUGCUGAUCUUUUUUUGGCAAUUCUUAUGGAGUUUCAAGUACUGCCAUGUUAAGAAUGUUUAUUAAUGUACUUUAAAAUAAAGAAGCCGUGUGAUGCGUACGGCAGGAUAUUGUAUUGUAUUGUAUUGUGGUUACAGUAUUUCCGCCGCCGACGCGGCGGGUGCCCUCACGAGCCGUGAGGCUCCAGAGCACGCUGUUGACGCUCAUCAAAAACCUCAGUAAGGAAAGUAGCGAUUUUCCUCGGAUUGGUAUUAAGAAAUACCUUGCGCAUAUCAGUAUCUUCAACGUUAAUCAGAAACCUAUUACGCAACUCAGUAUACGCCUCACACUCCAUGAGCACAUGAUAUUCAUCCUCAACCUUACCCGACGUACAGACCUGACACGUACGGCACUCUCUCGGCCUAUGGUGUCCUUUGUUGACCUCCAAAGGCCAACAACAAAGACGGAAUUUGGCAACCAUACGCAACUGGUUGACCGGCAAAUAAACACGCAAAUAGCCUGUGGGAUCUGAGCCCUCUCUUGCUGGUGAAGGGGAGCCCAUCCAGUUAUGAUACCUGCAAAGCGAAACCCCUUUACCUUGGAACACACGCGGAUCACCCCCUUGGCUGAACUGAUCCCAGUCACUUAAAAGGAACGCAGAUAACCUCUCCAGAACCUCACCCACUCGAAUCAACUGAGACGAGUAUACAUCUACCUUCUGAGAAACGGAGUCACACGCCGGCCACUCAUGGCCCAACCAACGCAAAAUGAUGAGCACUUUAGACGACCAGCAAUCCACUUUGAGAUCAGACAGAAGAGCCAGACGGAGAUCAUCUACUAACACGUCAUGAUAGACCGACCCACGGGACUGACUAUCUUAUUCC